AUGAUGGAUGGCCGAGAUUUCGGCCCCCCCAGGUCUGUUCACGUUCCUCCACCGCUGCUCUCCGGACUGGCGAUGGAGUCUCACCGGCUCGGCGCCGCCGCUGCACCCGGGAGAGUGCCACCGUCCCCCGGCCACUUGGGCGCGGGCCACCCGGCGCCUCUGCACACCGGAAAAUUCCUCUCACCGGCCAUUAAUAUACAGUCUCACCACAGUGAUGCCUUUCCAGGUGCCUCCAGCUUCCUUGGCGGCUACGUGAGUUCAUCUAGUCCACACGCGGGGCCCAGCCCUCUGCCCUCUGACCCUGCUUUCAGAGCCCCCAACCCAGCCAGCCUGCAGAUGGCCCAGCUCUGGGCUUCACAUUCUCAUGAAGGUUUUCCACAUCUCCCCAGUGGUCUUUAUCCCAGCCCCUACCUUCCUCUGGGUCACUUGGAGCACCCGCAGCUAGGUCAGCAUGCACUCUUCGACUCCCAAAAAGAGGGCUUUUACCUGGCAGGCUCGGUACACUCCCAGUCUGCCAUGGUCCGAAGCUUGGCAGCGCACAUGCCUGGCUCCCUCUCCAGAGAGAAGGAGGCCAUGCCUCCCCACAAGAACUCCAAAGACUUGAGCCGGGAGCUGGGGAGGGACAAACAACCCUUCAAGGCCGACCCAGGCCACUCCGUCCAGCGCAGGGAGCGUGAGAAGGGGCGCGAGGAGCCACGGCCUCACAGUGUGGUAGACCUCACCCUGGAUGUGAAGUCUGAGGAUGAGCGGCGAACCGGCAGCUCAGAGCGGCCCAUCAAGACAGCCGAGCACGCGUGGCCUUUCUUUCAGCAGCACUCUCCCACACCAGGCGCUGCAGACACUAAAUCCAAACACCCACACCAGCCCUCCUCUUUUAGCAACUGCAGGAGUAGCAGCAACAGCGGAACACCGACCAGGUACCAGAAUGUGGAGCAGGAUAGAAAGGAGCGGGAUGAUGAACAUGCCCAGCCGCCCUACGACAAGCAGAAAAGAUGCGAUUCAGGGGCCACUACACUCGGCACUUUGCAUGUGUCUUACACCAGCGCCUCUUCCCUGCAGAGCAGCCCAGCCCAGCACCUCCCACCCAGGCUGGUGCCUUCCGGCACAUACCCUCCCCCACACCACAUGCCGCCAGGCCUGUACCAACUCUACUCGGCCGCCAAAGAGCCGCCAGCCAAGGAACAUAGAGUGACCGCUCCCACUUACGUGCCUUCUGUUGAGGUUUACGACGAGCGGAAAGGACCCAUCCAAAUUGCCUCACAAGCUCGAGAUAAUAAGAGUGACAAGAGCAGAGACAGAAUGCUGCUGCAAAUGGGGGGUGAAAGAACACCUGGAGAUCAUGGACGCUCUUCUGUUAGGAGUGAAUCUCCUCCUGCUCAUGGUGAUAUCAAGAGAGACGUGGUACGGGAAGAGGGCUCUGUAAUCAGGGCCAACAAUUUAGCAGUAAAAAGGCCACCGCCCUCAGAUGUGAGCACGAGCAAAUCUGGCCACAGUCCAGAUGCCAGGGAAUUAGUCAGCAGCAUGCCCAAACACAUGAUCAAAACAGGGUUGGAGGCGGAAGGCCGCAACCAAGAACGUGAAAUUGUUCAAAGGUCCGGCCCCACGUUCUCUGGCCUAGACUCCACCGUUCUUCAUUCAGCCGAGGCCAAGUGGAAGCCUUUUGAGUUAGGCAACUACGCCACCAACCACAUGGCUGCUCUGGCAGCCCAGCACAUCCACGGACCUAGGAGAGAUGAGGAGGGCAAGCGCAUGUACCUAGACCCAGUGGUUGCAGCCCGACCUGCGGGCAGCAGAAGCAGCCCAGAGUCCCAUGGUGAGGUGUCUGCCAUGCAGAGCCUCAUAAAGUACAGUGGGAACUUUUCGAGCGAGGCAGGCUCUAGGCAGGUCACGGAUAACAGCACUCCAUUUGGUGGACUGGGCAACCUGAAGCCCGAGGCCAGUCAGCACUCGAGGUCCAAGGCUCAGCACCUGCCACCCCAGCAGCCUGGAAAGCAGCUAAAGAGAGAGCCCGAGAGGCCUGAGAGUGCCAAGUCUUUUGGCCGGGACGGAAACUCCUCUCAGGGGGAGGCUGAAGUUCGGCACCCCCCAGUGGGCAUUGCAGUGGCUGUGGCUAGACAGAGGGACAGCAACAAGUCCAGCUCUGUAUCGGACCGAGACAGACCUAUUCUUGGGGGAGGCAUGAAAGGCCCAGGCCAUGAGGAAGAGGAGCAAGGAGAUGAGAGAGCACGUCACCGCAAUGACCGCCUUCUAUCUGGACGCCUAGAGCGCGAGCAGGAGAAAGUGUUGAGAGAGAGUAAGGAGUUAGCAGAUUAUCAGUUGCAUCCUCCCAUGGUAUCUGCAAGUGGACUGAACCCAAACCUGAUGGUGACUGGUGGGCCUGCCCUAGCUGGGGCAGGCCGUUGGCCUGCUGACCCCACCUCUCAUCUGGCCUCCCACCCUUGGCUACCCCGCACUGGAGCCUCCUCUAUGUGGCUGCCUGGUUCUCCAUACGGUCUGGGGCCCCCUUCUCUCCACCAAGCCCUGCCUCCAGGCUACCCUCCCACAUUGCCUGGCUCAAUCCCCCCACCCUACCAGUUUGCCCGGGACCCCCAGACAGGACAGCUGGUUGUCAUUCCCACUGAGCACCUUCCACACUACACAGCAGAGAUGUUGGAGCGCGGCCCCCCACUGUGGUCGGCAGUGUACCCAUCAGCAGGCAGCAGUCUGCAGCACGCCCACCAGCUGCAGCUUCUCUCCCACCAACAGCUCAUGCGGCAACAGGAACUCUAUAUGAUCCAGCAGCAGGCCGCACAGGUCAUGGAGCUGCAGAGGAACGCACAGUUUGUGGAGAGACUUAAAGAACAGCGGGCAGACCUGGAGGACAAAACAGAAAAGCGAGGCGGAGAGGGGACCAAAGCUCCAGUCCUGCAUGUUCGCAAGCCGCCAACACGCUCCCCGACUCCCUCUACUUCUUACAGGAAGGCACUUACACCUCUGCCAGUCACACCGCUGCCCUCUCCUGUUACUACCCUGAAGUCAGAGGACAGGUCUAAAGGGGAGAGCACCUUACCCCAGCAGUCCUACUCCCACCCAUCUACCCCUGCCCCACACCCUGUCAGUCCUGCCUCUGCUUCACCCCCUCCACCGUCCCCUAUCCACCCCAAACAGGAGACUGUGGAGGUGCCUGAAAAAGAGAUGCUUGACCUGCAGAAACGGUCGCCUGCUUCCUUCCCAUCUAUGUAUUCUGAAAUUCCUCCUGGCUACCCGUACCAAUCAAUAACGGCGCCAUUCGGCAGCCAUUACUCCUACCUCCUCCAGCCGGCUGCGGCUGCUGCAGCUGAUGCAGACGGCCUCGCUCCAGCUGUGCCGUUGCAGACCGAGGGUUCUGAGCGCUUGGCCGGGCCGGCUGAUGUCAAGCCUAGGCAUUUGUGUUCUCCAGCACCGGCAGAUGCUCUGCAGGCAUCCAGGGAGCCUGAAUCGAUGGAGGACAGCAGUAUGCCAUUGAAAGAAGAGCCAUGCCUGGAGGAAAGCAAGGAAUGUGUGGUCCAGGAUGGCUGUGGGCAGCCUCUUCAUGCUGUUGCUCCUGUCCCAAGCCAAGACUCUAAUAUUCCACCUGAAGCAGAGACCUGUUCCAGAGCUGUUGCUUCACCCGUUCCACCAGAGGAGAACGAAGAAGACCAAGACAACAAAGUGGCUCUCUCCUCCUCAGGCUGCCCUGGGCUGUACCAAAUAUCAGGACGGGACUCUGACAGAGGCCCAGCACUGGAAACUGCUGAGAGUUCCAUCACCCUUCCAGAGCCAGCCUGCACACCAUCCUCAAAUUACACAGACCCUUGCCCUAUAGACUGUGACACUGGUCCCUCAAAUUCACCAUCCGUUCACACAAACGGGCUCACCUCAGUGCAUGACCUCAAAGAACCCAACUCCGACACUCCCGAAGUCCUGGAACAAUCAUGUGACAAUCUGCCCCUCCCUCACGGCCACCAGCCUUCCCCUGCAUCACUAGGCAUGCUAUCAGAGGAUCCUAUGGCAGGCAUGCUCGCUCUGGUCACAGCAAGUGAGCUCCCCCGGGCGGGAGCCAUCACCUCCCUGACGGAGCCGCUGUCUUCUGGAACAGCGUGCUUUGCAGACAUCAGCCUCCUCGAGUCCAGUGCAGCCGAGGGCAUGGCCCUCCUCAGCCAGAUGGCUGAGCUGGAGAUACAAAGGCAGCAGAGGGACAUCUCGCAGGGCGUAAUGCACUAUGGAUUAGAGAGUCUCCUGGAGGCUGGCAGACAAGUGCUCCUGGAAGCCAUCGAGUGCCUCCCUCAAGUCAGCAUCCGCCUCCCCAGAGAGCUUGACCCCAACAAGAAAUACAGCUGGAGACAGAAGAAGGAUGAACCUAUGUUCUCCAAAUCCUCUCUGGAGGGGAUGGAUGCCAUGGAGGUGGACUACCGCGUAAGACUGGCUGAGCUGCAGCGCCGGUACAAAGACAAGCAGAGAGAGCUGAUCAGACUGCAGAGACGGAGAGACAAAGUCGAGAAGCAACAACUGCAGCAACAAUUCCAUCAUGAAGACAGGAACAGGAACCUGUCCAGGAGAGGCCCAGGCAGACCCCGAAAGCGCAAGCAUGGGCUCUGCACUUUGUCUCCGACCUUAGGGAAGCUGGACGGCAAGUGUGGAAAGCUGCCCAGGAGUGCACUGUACUCUGAGGACUCUGAGAGCGGAGAAGUACUGAGGAAGCGCUUCCGCACAUCCAACCGGGAGGAGGAGGAAGACGAAGAGGUGGAUGUUGCCACACCGAAGUUGAAGAGGAGAAGCAAGAGCUGGAAUGACCAGGAGGCGUCUUCCAGCUGCUCUCACGAGGUGCCUAAAGCGGGUAGUAAAAAGAGCAGAGUGAGCGAACAGGAGCAGCUGGCUUCGAAGCUCGACAAGGCCUUGUCCCUCACAAAGUUGGGUAAACUUAACAAGGUCUCAUGUAAGUUUGUGGAGGGCUCCUCAGGGAAGUCCAGGGCUACCUCUGGGAGCAGGUUCCCUGUGCUCCCAGAUAUAGACAUGAGAAACAAGAUGGGAAAGUCCAGCCUGUCCAAAGAUCUUGGUCUCUUUCACAAGUCCUCUAAAGGAGGUAAAAGUAAAAUGGCUACCAAGUCAAAGACUUCUGACCCAUGCCUUAAGGGGAAAGGCCAGCGGAAAUCUCCCUACUCUCCCAUGAGGUCAGAGAUCAGCAGCUACUCUAACAACACUGAUUCUGAAGAGGAGGAUUCCAUAAAGGAGGGCUGGCCACCUCGUUCCAUUCUGGGCAGACCUGGGUCCUGUGUGCAGAUACCAAGCUUAUGCAGCACUCCAUCCAAGAAGAAAAGCGCAUCAUCCAAGAGAGUCUCUCUAUCAUCCUCAUCUUCAAUCAAGACGAAACAGGCGGCGAAAGAGAGGAAACAGAAGCACUUUGCUUUAUUACUGCAAGAGGCAGGAGUCAGCUCCUCCGAGGACUCAUUUGACCAAGAGUACUUCACGGAGAGGGACGGUUACGAGGAUGAGGAUGAUGAAGAGGAGUACGAGCUCGAUGAGAGCGACGGGCUGUGCUCCUCUUCGCUGGAGGAGAGCGGUUUGGGCCUGCUGGCUCGCUUUGCCGCCAGUGCCAUCCCCAGCCCCAUCACCUCCAGCCCCCUGUCCCUCGUUCAGCUGGAGGCCAAACAGAAAGCCAAGAAGAAGGAGGAGAGACAGAGCCUGCUAGGCACAGAGUUUGAGUUCACUGACUCAGAGACUGACAUCAAGAUCCGUAAGUUUCCAUCUCUUCUGCACGGCAAGAGGUCCACUCCAGAGCUUCCUCUGCUACCCCCAGCCAGCGUGCUGCGCGAAGAUUCCAGUCCUAGCAAGCGUGGCCGUAAACCCAAGAAGCCCAAGCCUCCACCUGAGCUCAACUUGGACUUCCCGGCUGAUGGCAGUGACGAAGAUCGCUGGACCCGCCGCAGGAGUGAGCGCAUCUUUCUCCAUGAUGCAGCCCAGGCUAACCCCAUCUCCCCCUCAAAACCAACUGCAGCCAAAGUGGCCCGUGGUUCCAAAACCUCUCCGCAAGGCUCCAAGGAGUUGCCUAAGGCCAAGGACCCGAAAGCACUGGGAAAGAAGAAGAGGCUGAAGGAGAGCCCCCUGCAUCUGCCCCUGGCUCAGUUCCCCAGUACUCCCUCAGAGGGCAGCGCAGCGCCCCCUGUGAGUCCAGGUCGCAAGAACAAGGUCAAGCCCAAAGCCCGAGAGCAGGCUCGAGGAAAAGGGGGUGCUGUUAGCAAGCUGAUGGAGAGCAUGGCAGCUGAUGAGGACUUUGAGCCCAACCAGGACAGCAGCUUCUCAGAGGACGAAAACCCUCCUCCCAGCGCUCAGCCCGAAAGACCCUGCACUCCUGCGCCUCGGAACUGUGUGAUAGACAAAGAUGAGCUGCAAGAUGGACUCCGCGUGCUCAUCCCCAUGGAUGACAAGCUGCUGUAUGCUGGUCAUGUCAACACCGUCCACUCACCUGACAUAUACAGCGUGGUGGUUGAAGGCGAACGAGGGAACAGGCCUCACAUCUACUGCCUGGAGCAGCUGCUGCAGGAGGCGAUUAUCGAUGUAAAGCCCCCCUCUGUGAGGUACCUCCCCCAGGGGACGAGGAUUGCAGCCUAUUGGAGCCAGCAGUACCGUUGCCUCUACCCUGGCACAGUUGUCAGAGGGAGCCCCGACAUGGAUGAGGUGGACGACUUGAUUACGGUGGAGUUUGAUGAUGGGGACACUGGUCGGAUCCCGCUGUCGCACAUUAGACUGCUACCCCCAGACUACAAGAUCCAAUGUGCGGAGCCUUCUCCUGCCCUCCUGGUGGCUUGCACUAAAAGGCGUGGCAGGAAGUGCAGUAAGGAUGUUUCAGAGAGCAAAGAAGCAGCCCCCAAAAGCACAGAGGAUCCUGCUCCGAAGAACAGGGGGAGAGGGAGAAAACCUAAACCCAAAUCAGAGCCUGAGGUUCCUCCAAAAGAGCAUGAAAAAGCUGAUACAUCAGCCGCUCCACAGGUCCAGGAAAGGCCCCUGUCUGCCCAGAAAAGUGGCCCAAGGCCAGGCAGUAAGACCCAGCCGACCACCACAAGCAGCCCCUCCAUUUCUAUAACUGCCGAAGGCCAGAAGAAAACCACAAUAGCCAAGACCCCAGCCAAAGUACGUUCACAGCCCCAGUCCAUCUAUUCAUCAGCACUUUAUGGAAAAGUUCUUUCCGUGGAUCUCUAUAAUGACCCCUCUGCUUCGCUAGCUUCUUUUAUAUCCACUAAUGAGAGUGGAAAGGCAAAGCCUAUCAAGCGGGUGCGGAAAAGUGAAGAUGAGGGCGCGGGGUUUGGGCUUAAAAGCCAACGCAAGCAGCCUCAGACUGAGAUUCUGAUCAAGCUGGACCAUGAGGGUGUAAUGUCCCCCAAGACCAAAAAGACCAAAGCCCUGAUGAUGAUGGAGGGCCAGAACCCCACCAAGAGAGACAACAAGGCUGUGAUGGGCGUCAGCUACACUACUGUCACUACCUCCACCCCUGCAGAAAAAACACUGAAACCCAAACCCAAGGUCAAACCUGAGCCUGAGGCUUUGAAUGUUGACAGUGUGUCAACCUACAGCAUCCGUAAACUGGGCAGUGCAAGUGAGGGCCUUGUGAAGGUAAAGAGCUCUGGGGAAAAGAAGCAGAAGAAAGAGGAUCAAUCAGUCAGCUGCAGCAGCAGUAGUAGCAGCAGCUCAGAGUCUGAGGGAGAGGAGGAGAGAAGGACCUUGCAGGAGAAGAAAAAGGCCAAGCAGGACAGCAGCUCUACCAGCUCCCGGGCCUCCAGUCCCACUUCGUCCAGCUCCUCCACUAGCAGCUCUUCUUCAUCUGCUGGAUUCAAUUCUUCCUCCUCCUCUUCCUCCUCCUCGACCACCAGUGACGAGGAGUCAUCCUGCAGCUCAGAUGACGAGACUCCUGUCGCACCUCAGUCCCCAUCUUCUCAAGAACAGGCUCCGCCACAAGAUGAGGAAGAGGAUGUAGAAGAGAAGCUAGAUGUGAAAUCUGAGCCCACAGUCACCACCCCUAAGGUGCAGAAGGCCCCUCCCAAGCAACAGCAGAGGCAACAGAAACAGCAGCAGAAGGUGAAGAAGAGCGUUGGCCGACCUAAGAAGAGAGAGGGCAUCCACUUGCCUACCACAAAGGAGCUGGCCAAGAGACAGAGACUGCCCUCUGUGGAGAACAGACCCAAAAUCUCUGCCUUUCUUCCAGCUAGACAGCUGUGGAAGUGGUUUGGGAAACCUACUCAGAGACGGGGAAUGAAGGGCAAGGCAAAGAAGCUCUUCUACAAGGCCAUCAUGCGUGGGAAAGAAAUGAUCCGAAUUGGAGACUGCGCUGUUUUCCUGUCUGCUGGACGACCCAAUCUUCCAUUUAUUGGUCACAUCCAGAGCAUGUGGGAGUCCUGGGGGAACAACAUGGUUGUUCGUGUCAAAUGGUUCUACCAUCCAGAGGAAACCAACCCUGGAAAGAAACUUCAUGACAAAAAGAACUGGGAUCAGUUGUCUGGAAGGAGUCUUCCUGCUGUUCUGCAGGCCUCCAACCAGAGAAAGGAUUUCAUGGAACGGGCCCUGUACCAGUCCUCUCACGUUGAUGAGAACGAUGUUCAGACAAUCUCUCACAAGUGUCUGGUGGUUAGCCUGGAGCAGUAUGAACAGAUGAUUAAAACCAAGAAGUACCAGGACAGUGAGGACCUCUACUACUUGGCUGGCACUUAUGAACCCACCACCGGAAUGAUUUUCAACACUGAUGGGGUUCCUGUCAUCUGCUGAGGAGUGUUCUCAACACCUGAAUGUUUCAGCUCAGCCAGCAAGAGCUGCACCACAACAUUGAGAGAAAAUCUUUGUACAAGAUGAGCAAGGGCUAAAUAGAUGUUGCAGCCUUAAGUGGAAUUCUCCUGCCAAGAACAGGUUUCAGAGGUCAUGGUGAAGGUACUUGUAGGCCUAGAGGGAGAAUGCAGAUAAGAUUUGAGGGCUACUCUUAUUUUCGUCCCUGAGACAGAUUAAUACUUGGUUUCAAACACUUUGGACAAAUUCAAGUCAACGGCAGCUCAUGAUCUGUCAGUAUUGUUAAAGUACAUGUGUGGACAAGCUUAGAAGGCAAACAUGGAGGACAUGCCUAAGCAGUCCUCAACAGAGCGCAGUGGAUAAGCCAUAGCGUUGGUUUUUACAAAGCUCCGUUUUGGGAAAACGAAGACUGAACGUGUCAGAAUUGUCUUUAAGGUCAAGUACAUCGGUACAGCAGAGCUCCUCUGUCUCCAGCUGUCAGUGGUGGAGCUGGAACUAUGCAGUCCAGUGGAACGGAGUCUGCUGGGUGAUGGGGAGGGACCUGCUGGGAACCAGCUUAGAGGGCCCAGGGACCAGCUUCUGGAGGAAGAGAUUCAGACUGACAGUGAAUGUCACACUUACUACUUCAGUCCACCCAGAGAAGCUGUCCCUGUCAGCCACUCUGCUGUCCAGCAACCUCCCGAUAAAACCAUGCUGCAGUUUAAUGGGGCAAUGGCCGACUAAUGAACUUGGACAGCUGACACAAGCCCAGACUCUUAAAGCUGCAGUUCACACUCACACCUCUGCUUGAGGAUGGGUAGGGGAACAAUUUGAAGCCCUUAAAAAAAAUUUGAAAAAAAAAAAAGGAAGAACAGACUGCCCCAGGCCUUAUGACCUGUGGACAGGUCUGAGAUCUGUUGUGCUGGAGCCGGAGCUGUUCCUGCACACUGCACUGUUUAUUCACAGGAAAGUGUGAGUCACUUUUCCACCAAGCAGCCCAAAAGAUCUAUCAGAAUAUUUAUAUGGCCCUGUCCUCCAGCGAGGCAGAAAGGGCUCUUUGUAUGACUCAUGGGCUGUCGCGAGCUAAAACGUUGUACAGAUAGCUACAUUUGUAAAUACAUACAGACGUACACUCUAUAUACAGUAUAGACCCACAUUUUAUUUUCAUGUACCAUAGAUUUAUGUGAAAAAUAAUUUUUUUAAAGUGGUAAAAGGAGAAAAAAAAGCUUUAACAAAACUGUGAAUAAGAGAUCAAAAUUAAGUGAAAAUCAGGAACUCAGUUUUAGAUCAAGGAUCUCAGAAAUUGUUACUGAAACUCAUCUCAGAUGCCCACUACAUUGACAAUGCAAUGUAAUUUUGAAUAUAAUAAUAUUGAGGAUACUAUUACAGGACGUUGGGUUUGUGGAAUGCAUUGAUAUUCAGAUGUUGUCCAAUACUGCAGUUUUACAACAAAAAGCACUUAAACUUUGCCCUUCCAGUCUGUCUUGGGACAAAUUUUCUUUGACAAUCCCCAACAGAGGAUGUAUUUUAUGACUGCCAGUUGUACUUAGUGAUCACCACCUGAUCAGGCUUUUUUUAGCUUAUUGCUAAAUUAAACCCUUUGACAGACAUGUUUGUGUUGCUUGGCUUUAUGUUUAACUUUCUGUUUUUAAGCAUUCCUGUAAUCCCUUGCCCAAUCUCUUCUUUCUAAAAUGCAAUGAAAGCACUUUGUUGGAAUAUGUGACUAGCUAAGCAGCACAGAACAGCGACAAAAUACAUCAUUAAUCAGAGUGAGGUAUUGGAAACCCCUGUGCUGAAACCUGCUUUUCUAUAUUUGCCUGCCCAGAUCUGUCCCUCUGACCCAUUCCUGCAUCCUGCUGGUAUUGGUCUAUGGCCUUAAUAGCCUUAACCUUGGUCCCCAGAGGCUGCUUAAUGUUGGCCCAGUCACACCGUUUGAAUGUUGCUUUUUUGUAAAUAGGUCUUUCUGAUUGAUAUUGUAUUCCAAAGAAAGCACCAUCAGUCACCAGAGGCAUUCGUACACGCCGAUACAGGACCAGGCUGUUUAUUCGCUGCUCCUCUAAUCAAGACCAAUCAAAUGUAUUUGAUUUCUGGCAUCAUUAUGUGCUGAGAAUAUUUUUCAGACUAGCAAACACUCAUGUUUUUUUUUUAAUUGUGAUUUUUUUUUUUUCUUUUUUUUUUUCUUUUGGGUGCCUCAUUGUGGUUGAAAGAAUGAAUGUUGUCUAAUUAUCAGACAUGGUUUUAAUAUCCAGUCAAAUUGUAUUGUAUUUGAUACUGGGUGGAAAGUGUUCCUUGUGAGCAUGUUUCAGGCCUUCUAGGGUGAGGUUUUAUGGGGAUGUUGUUUUUAUUUGGCAUGUUUUUUUUUCCAAGUUUGUUUAUAACCUGCUCCAACUGUAGUAGGUCCAUCCAUCUAUCUGAGCCACUAAAAUUUCCUCCAGUGUAUAUGAAUCUGAAUGCGUGUGAAUUGGGAGAAUUCUUGGUUAGUACAUGGGUAAAUUCAUGAGGUUUAGCUUUGCUGUUGAAAUCUCACCCAUAUGUAAACUAUCCAGCCAAAUCUUUUCAUUGCCAUAUUUCUUCUACCUCCCUUUUCUUCAGCUCACCACAUCCUCCUUUCCUUUGCUGUCCUUAUUUUCAGCCAUAUUUUAAAGGUUCACAUUAGGCCAUCUAUCUCUAAAUGUGCUUAGCACCAUUUCUGACCUUAAUUCCGUUGUUAUUCAUACCCCGUUGCUUUCGGCCGAAAUGUUAGUCAGUGGUUUAGGUUUUUUUUUUCUUUUUUUUUUUUUCUCAUUUUUAAGGGAGGGGUAAAAAAAAAAAACAAGGGGAACAGACACUAGAAACAUCUGGGCUUUGUAACCCAGAGUGAUUUAGGCCUACUCAGUAUUUCAGAACGUCUUUAUAUUGUAGAAAUGUGUUGACACUAUUGCAUAUAUAUAGAGAGAGAAAGUAUAUCAGUAAAUGUGUCUGAAAUAUUUUUUUUCAUGUUUCAUAUAACAUUGCCCAGUCUCUCUUAAAGAGAUGAUAUCUUGUUGAUAUUCAAUAGGUUAUUUCUUAACAUGUUAAUCAUUAUAUGUGGUCUCGAGGUAAAUUGUAUAUUCUGUCUUUAUAUCAGGUUCGGACUGUUUUUUCUGAGUCUUCUGAUUAUUUUGGUCGAGGAUUUUUAACAGACCCAAAGCUGACUGAAAUGGUGCCAAUGAUCUUUUAAAAUCAGCGAAAAAAUCUGAAGCAACAUUGAGCAAGCAAUCAUGGUCCAAAACUCUGAAAUAUAUGAAAUAUGCUUAUUUUUGUGUUAGAUAUGUGUCUUUAUCAAGUUGUACAAUUUAAGUGCCCCUCAAAACAAACGUUUACUUGGAGCUUGAGUCAAGCUGUAAAGCACUUUUUAGAGUAUUUCUGUCUGCAUGUUGUAGAAAUAGAGUUUAUGCCUCUAGGAAUAAUAUUAGAGCAGAGCAAUCAACAAAACUAUAUUUUUUGCUUGCUGUGUCUUCAACACGGUGUCCGUUAAAUCCAGCUUUGAGUCCAUCCCUUUGCCCCAUCCUGUGGUCACUGAGAGACAGUGGCCUCUGCUGGUAGCAGUCAUGUAGGAUGAGUUUAGUGGAUAAGUGUCUUCUGCUACAUGUCCAGUCGUGUCUGGACACCUUUAUAAUAAUGUACAAGGAUUAACUGGCUCGUUAGAAAAAGCUCUUGUAUAGGAGAGCCAGACCUGAAUAGGUUUUGCUGUUUGCAUGAUUCUGUUGGCCUUUUUUUUUUUCUUUUUUUCAUUUCGUUUUGUUUCUCUAAUCCAGUCAGGGGUUUAUCUUGUCACAUUUCCCCCUCUCAGAACAAUCGUCCUCCAUGCUUAAUGUGCAAUACUGCUGAAUGUGGUUUCUGUGAGGUAGCUGCUAGUGAGGGACGAAGAUUGUUAGAGAGAGAAAGCGAGAGAGAGCGAGCGAGCGAGAGAGUGUGGACUGGAGGCUGGUCCUUCGCUGGUCUUUGUCUGCUGGUCCGUCAGCAUUGGUAAAGUCCUGUUACAAAAAAAAAAAGCUAUAGUUUUAAAAUGAUUUUUUGAAAUUUUAAAAGCAUCAUGGUUUUGUAAAUGGUCCUUUAUGAGAGGGGGACAUACACUUUGUACACACAUUUAAUCCUGUUAAAAAUAAUAAGAUACAUUUUUGAAGAAUUGAAAACCAAUUGUAAGAUUGCUGUUGACCUGUGUGUAAACUUCAUGGAAUUGUGUAUUUUUUUUUUUAACAGAAGAAACCAGCUUAAUCAGUGUUCUUUCCAAUUCUUUUAGCAACUCAAUUUUCUAGUUCAUCAAUAAACAUUGUGAAAACUGUA